AUGGCUGACGAGGAGGGACAAAAAAAGCGCAGCACGCUGGGUCGCAUGUUUUCUUGGGGCAAGAAGAACCGCAAGGAGGAUGUGCCCAUGGCGGGCGCGCCCCCCGCUGCUGGCGCGGCUGCCAGUCCGCCAAAGUCCAAAAAGGAGCUCAAAAAGGAGGCCACACUUGCCAAGAAGGAGGCCACACUGGCCCGCAAGCGAGAAAAGGAGGCCACCCAGACCAAGAAGGCGGGUCCUACGCCCACCAAACGCAAAGACGCCACUCUGGCCAAAAUGAAGGAGGCCACCCUGGCCCACCAGCGCCGUGAGAGCAAAGCCGGCAAGAAAAACUCCAAGAAGAAGCAAAAGCAAAAGCGUCACCAGGCACAAAAGGUCCGACGUGGUCGUCUCUAUGUCAACCUCCGCCUCAAAGGCGAUACCCUGGAGGCUGAUAUCGAGGAGGCCAAGGACCUGAUUGAAAUGUCCAAGGCCGGCGAUGCCAACCCUUACGUCGAAGUCUCCGUGACCUCAAGUGCCGUCAAGAACGGCGUGCAGAAAUCCGCCGUCAUCCAGGGCACUCGCAAGCCCCAAUUCAAGGCUAGCUUCUCCUGGGAGCUGCCCAAGCUCAACAAGGACUCAACGAUGCUCCGCAUCUACAUCCACCACGAGAGCAAGGGCUUUGGCAAGAAGCGCUCCUUCAUGGGUGGCAUGGCCUUUUCCAUUGCUGAAAUCGAGGAUGUCGGCACCAUCACCGAAGGCUGGUUCCGCCUAUUGGACGAGCAAAAGGCCGAGAAUCAAAACGUCCCCUUUCGUGUCAAGCGCCGCCAUGAGAUGACCACCGAACAAAUGGAAAUUUAUGGCAUUAUUGGUGAUGCUGCCUUGCCCCCGCUGCCGACCCCUGCCGUCUCAAGCCCCAUUGUCACGGACGGCGACGAUUAUCUUCAGCCGAGCACUGUUGCGAACCUUCAGGCCGAGGCUAAUCUUGGUGAUCUUCCUCUGCCCGCCUUGCCGUCCCAGCCCGGCGCGUCGGCCAAGAGCAGCCCUGGUCUGAGCAUGGAAGACUUUACCUACCUCAAGGUGCUGGGUCAAGGUGCCUUCGGUAAGGUCCUCAUGGCUGAGCGCAAAGCCAACAAGGAAAUUGUUGCCAUUAAGGUUCUAUCAAAGGAGGCGGUGGUUGAUGACGACGAUGUUGAGGCCACACUGAUCGAGCGGCGCGUGUUGGCCAAGGCAUCCGACUGCGCCUUCCUGACCAAGCUGCACGGUACCUUUCAGACUCCGAGCCAUCUCUACUUUGUGAUGGAGUUUAUCACGGGCGGCGACCUCAUGUUCCAUGCACAAAAGGUUGAAAAAUUCACCGAAGACCAAGCGCGCUUUCUUGUGGCCGAGAUUUGCGAGGGCCUCUGGUACCUGCACGAGCGUGGCAUCGUCUACCGCGAUCUCAAGCUCGACAACGUCAUGCUGGCCGGCGAUGGCCACGUCAAGAUUGCCGACUUUGGUCUCUCCAAGGAGUCCCUCUGGGGUGCGGCCACCACCACGACCAUGUGUGGUACACCAGGUUACAUGGCCCCCGAAAUUGUUAACGAGAAACCCUACAACUUUAGCGUGGACUGGUGGGCCCUCGGUGUUCUUCUUUUUGAGAUGCUCGUGGGUGAGUCACCCUUUGAUGGCGACGAUGUGGACGAAAUCUUUGAAAACAUUCAAGGCAAGGAGGUGGAGAUCCCCUCUAGCGUUAGCGGGGCCGCUGCUGACUUGAUUCGAGCCUUCUUGACCCGCGAUGUUGCCAAGCGCCUCGGCUGUGGCACCAACGGCAAGGACGACAUUCGUAACCACAAGUUCUUUUCCGGUCUGAGCUGGACCGACCUCAAGGAGCGCAAGAUUGAGCCGCCAUACAAACCCGCGAGUGAGGGCGACCCACUAUCCAACUUUGACCCCGAGUACACGGACAUGGACAUUGAGCUCACCCCUGUCGAGCAAGAGGUCAUUGCCGACCUGGAUCAAAUGCUCUUUGCCAACUUUGAUUUUGUCGCCGGUUUGUCGGCCGUCGAGUCUGAGGAGGCACCCAUGUCCAAGUACGAUUGGUACCGACCCGAUCUCAACCGUCAGUCAGCCACGGCCCUGCUGCAGUCGGCACCCACGGGAACCUUUAUCGUCCGCGAGUCGCGCCAACCCAAUUGCUAUGCCGUCUCCGUGUCUCUGGGGUCGCGCGUGUGGCACGGCGUCAUCACCCCCUCCACGACGGCCACUGGCGACAAGUUGUACAAGCUUUACGUCAAGAACAAGUUUUCCGAUAUCCCAGAGCUCGUCAACUACUACCACGAGCAGCCCAUUGCGCUCAAUCCCAACGGCCAGCCCAUUGUGCUGACCAGUGGUGCAGAUGACGACGAGUAAAAAGAGAGAGAGAGAUAGAGAGAGAUAGAGAGAGAGAGCGAGAGAGGGAUUGGCCGACCACGUCCAUUCUGUUUUGGCGUCUCUCCUUCAAGCACAAGCUGGCUUUUGUGUUCUUAUAUACGCUUUGAUAUUUCUUCCCGUUUAGCAUCAGCCCUCUGCCAAUGGCCGAGGGUUGUUUGAUAGCACCUUUGAUUUGACGAGAACCGCGCAUCUGCUGAUCAUCAAGGGCUUGACAGAUUGUUCGGGCAUGCAAAGGUCUUGGUUGAUCUUUUUGUGCCUUUUGGUGUUUUUAUCACCUUGUUUUUUCCCGCCCCACUCGUCCUGUUGUGGGCGAAUUUUGUGGCUAGGCCUUUGCUGCGCACGUGUGUUGUGAUUUUUUUGAAAGGGUUGUGUGUUUGACCCGCUGGAAAUGUUUUGCUGUCUCUGAUCCUUAUUCUCGCUCAUGAUUUGCUCUUGGCGCCAACUCUGAAUUGAAUUGAAUUGAAUUGAAAGGC